AUGUUUGUGUUCGUGCGCAUGAUUUCGUAUCUUCCUCCUACACCUGCCUCUUCCUGUUUCUACUUUUGCUUCUACUUCUCCUUCUAUUUCUACCUCUACCUUUAUCUCUACCUUCUACCAUCCUACCCCGUAUCUUUAACUGUACUCUCCUCUUGCCACUUUACCUCUACCUCUACUGAUCUCUACUUGUACUUUAAUCUACUCUACCUGUAUCUCUACCUCUACCUUUACCUGUAUCUCUACUCUACUCUACCGUAUUACCUACCUGUCUCCUACAUCUACGUGUAUCACCUCUACUCAUACCUCAUUUCUACCUGUAUCUUAGUCUCUACCUCUAUACUUAUCAUCUACCUUAUCUACCUCUACCUCUAA